AGACCUUCCCAGCCCGAGAGGCCUGAUAAAAACUAGAAAGGGAUAGUCGCGUAAUUUAGCAGUAGCAAUUGCGAGAGCAGACGAAUUUUGUGGAAGACCAAAAUCGAUACAAAUCGCCUGAGGCAGACAACUCCUCUCUCUACAAAUCAAUCAACUGUCUGAACUCUGAACAUGUCAGCUGUCAAGAUAACCGGUGCCAUUGCCGCAUCAUUUGUAGUUGCGUUUACAUGUGACUAUAUUAUUGCUGAUAGGAAAAUAUUUGGAGGCACCACACCAGGUACUGUUUCUAACAAAGAAUGGGCAGCAGAGACUGAGAAAAAGUUUCAAGCAUGGCCCAGAACUGCAGGUCCUCCUGUAGUUAUGAAUCCUAUCAGCCGCCAGAACUUCAUAGUUAAAGCAGAAGAAUGAAGCUUUAAGUACUAGCCUGGAUUUUUAAUGGUUUUUUGAUAAUUGCAUUUGAGUCCACAAUUGUAUUUUCUCUAGUUGGUUAUGUAUCAGACCGUGAAUGCCUGGUUGGCAUGGAUAAUAAGGGUAUGCCUUUGUUAAAUUGACAGGCCAUGGGGUAUUUUUUACCCUCAAUUUUAAAGCUUAUUAAUUUUUAUGCUA